AGAUUCCUCCAUGUGAACAGUGAAGCAAAACGAAGAAGGCCUCCGUAAAUAUUUGGAAUUUAGAAAUUAGCAAAAGGCAUGGCAGAUUCAUCUACAACAACUCGAACUCUUUUAAAGGUAAAGGUAUAGCCUCUAGCAGAAAGGAAGACAGGAAUAAAGCUAGAGAGAGAGAGUUACAGAAACGUGUAUUUGUGGGUUUACUAAAGCAGCCAUUGAUUUCUCUUUCUCCUAUCUCUUUCCCCACAACAGAACAAAAAAGCAGUGGCUGGGUUCAGAGUUAAAGAGAAUGGCAACCCUCCAUGAGUCUCUCUUCAGAGUAUCUACUUCAAGCCUGACGCUUAUGUAGGAAGAAAUAGAGAUAUUGAAUAGAUCUCUCAAGAAGCUUUCAACUUGAAUAUGGGAACCAUUGCACCUGAUUUUGAGGCUAGAGGCUCAGAAGUUUAUUCUUCUUUGGGUAUUAUCGAAUCGGCUAAAGUUCCCAGGAACCAGCCUCGUGUGUUGUCACUCCUUUCUUCGCUUCUGGAGAGAUCUGUUCAGAAGAAUGAAAAGUUAUUGGAAACUACGCAAAAGAAAGAUUCAGUUACAAUAUUUCAUGGUUUAAGAGCACCCAGCCUGAGCAUUCGGCAGUAUGUCGAUCGAAUCUUCAAGUACUCAAGUUGCAGCCCUUCUUGCUUUGUUGUUGCUUACAUCUACAUCGAGAGAUUCAUGCAACGGACGGAUAUUCAUCUCACUUCCCUCAAUGUUCACCGCCUCGUAAUUACAAGUGUGAUGGUAGCAGCAAAAUUUAUUGAUGAUGCCUUCUACAACAAUGCCUAUUAUGCAAAAGUGGGAGGAGUAAACAUUGCAGAGAUGAAUAAGUUGGAGAUGAAGUUCUUGUUCAGUCUCGAUUUCAGACUUCAUGUAACUGUAGGGACUUUUGAUUGGUAUUGUCUGCAGUUGGAGAAAGAAGGUGGCGGGGUUUACCAGAUUGAGAGACCGAUACAAAUAUGUGGGUUGAAAGAAAGUUGGCCAAACAAAGAUGAACCUAAACAUGCAGCCACUUUAGCAAGAUACAGUUGUUGAGCUAUAAUCAUGUAAUACCACAACCUCUCAGCUUCGCAGAAAAUUGUCAUUCACAGUAAGAGAUAGGGAUGUUUAAUAUGUUGUAUGAUAGCCGCAUAUAACAGAUGCUUCUUGUGGAAGAUCAAGUGAUUGUUGCUUCUUCUAGCCACAUGUAUUGGAUGCUUAUUGUGUAAGAUUGAGUGCUUACUGCUUGCUUC